AUGUCGUCCCAUAGCCCACAAGCCGCACAAUUUCAACCCCAGAGCAGCAGCUCUUCCUCUAGUUCCGCCCAACCUGAGCGUGAUAUCAGUGAGACUAUGGACCCAGCGACGGUUGGAUCUCUUGACGAGGUGGCCGCAGCUUCCGAUGGUGGCAGAGUGGCACAAGUAUCUCAGAGCUCUGAUAUAAGUAGAAUCCAAUCUGAACCGGCAAACCAGUCUACAGGACGAACGGGAUUUUUCCCCAUAUUCGAUAACCCGGCAUCGAUGGGCGCUAUGCUACGAGCUCAGUCAGCCCAGAUCAGGGAGCAAACGGCGCUUCUGAAAUGUAUGGAUGAAAAGAUAGAUUCACUUGGUGUCACCGAGCGACAGCGCCGAGAUCUUGUGGAAUUCAAGAGAGCAGUUCUCUCUACCGGACCAUUCCGCAUAAAUGAGGUAUUUCAGCAAGUGGAGUGCAACGUCUGCAAUCAAUAUAAAUAUUCCUUAUUAGCGAGUGAGCGUCCAGGCGGUAUUGGCCGUAUCGGCGUAUUUCAGAUCAGCGAUGAUUUCGAUAGUGUGAAAAGACGCAACCUUCUUGCGUCUCUCCGUGACCACCUGGGGACGGUGACGCAUGAGCGCUGCGCCAAGCUAGCAGACUCUGGAAAGCGUCAGAAGGAUAUGGAAGCUGAAAUGUGCUUAGCUCGCUGUGUAUAUUUCUCUCUGAUGGAAGGCUUGGGGGGCCUGGGGUAUGAGCGUCUUUUGGCGUUAUGUUCCUUGAAUGGUACUGACCUCGGAGACCAAGGUCACUCAAGGAAUUCUUUCAAAGCCGUAUUCACUAAGGCUAUGGCGUCGGAGUUGAAGGAGAGAAUAAGCAGUCUUUUCAAACAUCAGUGGGCGUGUUUCGCCGGUAGACCUUCACCAUUCGCAGUGUCUUGUGAUAAAGUGACCAUUCGCCGACGUACCUUACAACCAGUAGGGGCUUUCACGAUGGUCAAUGGAAUGAUAAAGGUUUACUUGUUGGAUGCUCCAAUUGCAACGGCAAAAAGUGGAGAUGCUUUGACUGAUCUGCUUAUCAGUACUAUCAAGGAGUACUUCGACAUCCCUUUCGUCCAGGCCUCCAUGGUUGGGGUUGCAACGGAUGGCGAAUAUGUGAACCUUCGCCUCGGACCUCGUUUGCACGAUAGCCUCGACCUAGACCCGUCGGAUUUGACCCAUACCUGGUGUCUGGCCCACCGCUUGGAGUUGGCCUGUACAGAUGCGAGUAAGGGAGUCACUAACCUGAGAUCAGAAUUACACCCAUACAUGCCUUCGCGCCAUGGAAAGAGCUUUGAAGAACUCGAAAAGCUGUCAGCCGAGAAGGGAACUCGAUUCUAUACUCCUGUGGGCUUCGUUUGUACAAGGUGGGCGAGCUCCGAGCAUAGGGUGUUCAAAAACUUCUCCGCGAACUAUCCAUUGUUAGUAAUGCUAGACGGGGCAGCACAGAUACUCCGCGCCGAUUGGAUGGUGAAGUUUUUGAUAGCCUUAGAUAUCAUGAACCUGGUCGCUAUUGCUUCUGGUGGGGCUCAGACUGUAAAUUUCCGCCCUUGGCAGACAGCUGCGGCUAUCAAUACCCUCCGUGAUAAGUUGAUUAUUAUCGCCGAAGGUCUUAAACUCCUUAGCAGUGAUAUCGAUUCUGUGGAAAACAUGACACAGCUUAAUGAUAGCUCGUUAGACAUAUGUGACCUACCUUCCCUAAAGAAGGCCAGGCUCAAUCAAGCUCCCGGAGGAGGGAAGUGGGAGGGAGUUCAGCUCAGUGAGGUAUCGAUAGUUAGGGUGAGAAUGGCAGUGGACUUCAUGGAAGCCUGGGUUCGACAGCUGAUGGGUGGGGUCAGAGAGAGAAUAUUGAGGACCUUUCCCCAGUGGCUUAUAGCUGCGUCUAAGCUGUUCAGUGGACAGGCACUUUUUGGAGACUGUGAGGGCUUGAAAGACUACGAUGUAGCUUUGGAUGAUAACAACUUUCCCGAAGUCGCCGAAGCUGUAGACGAUUCAUCACUCCUAGAACCGGCGGGCGGCUUUGUUAUUUCGCGUGAGGAUUACAACCUCGAUUUAGAGACCUUGGUUCAACCAAGUUGGUUGCUCAAUAUGCACUUCUGA